AUGCCGCGCCGCAAAGGGCAAAAACGCAACUCUUCGCAGACCGCGCGCCCCGUCGAGCGGCCGACUCGGCGACGGCCGGGCGGCAAAGCGCCGGCGCGGCCGCCGACGGCGGGUGGCGACUCGUCGAGCGACGAUGAGGCGCCCGCGAACGACGCGCCCGUGCGCGCCCCCUUUAAGGCCCCGGACCCGACGCGGACGGUGCUCUUUGACGAUGACGACGACGACGACGACGCGGCGCCACCGCCGCCGGGUUCGCCGCGCUGCGUCGUCUGCUCGACGACGCAAGACGUCUUCAUCGUCGAGCGGGCGAAAGAUCUGCUCCGCGCGGAGUUCUACGCCUGGUGCUGCUCGAGUUGCGCACGAAACGGUGUGGAAAUCAAUCAGUGUGUCGGGUCCUCGAGAUUCAGCACGAACGCGCCGUAAAAUUUUGAUUUCAUACAGGCGCGGAAAUACGUCAAGCCGCGGCCCGACCCCAAGGAGCUCUGCUUCGCCACGGACGACGACGAGCCGCUCAGCCCCAUGAAGCGCACGCGGCUCAGCUUCUGA